AUGGCGUCCUACCCAAUCCUCCCGGAAAAGCUCCUUCUCAUCUCCUUAAAGAUGUACUUCACCCCAGACCGCACACUCACCUACCUCCGCGACCUCCUCAACCCAACCAACGAGAUCGUCCACCCCGCAAAUAAAGACAAACUCCUCCUAGCUCUAAUCCCCGACUUCCUAACAAUCUGGCCCUGCGCCCAAAUACUCAAAGAAUAUGAAACCAAUCUAGCCACCACCGGAACUCCCAAUUCCGCACCCCCCUUCCUCCUCGGCGCACAAGACUGUUUCUGGGAAUCCCAAGGCGCAUACACAGGCGAAGUCUCCCCAGCCUCAAUCCGCGCACUAGGCUGCUCAAUCGUCGAACUAGGCCACGCCGAGCGCCGCGCCAUCUUUAACGAAACAGACGACCAAACCGCCCGAAAAGCAGCCGCAACAUGCGCACAGCGUAUGGUCCCACUCGUCUGUAUCGGCGAGGUGACGGCUCCCGGCCCAAUCGCCUCCGAAGCCGUCGGCCAGGCUGUGACGGAGUGCGCGGUGCUGGUGCGCGCAGUCCUGGCUGCUAUCCCCGAUGACGCGCCCGUUAUCUUCGCGUAUGAGCCGGUUUGGGCUAUUGGCCAACCGAAGCCGGCGGGUGUUGAUCACGUUGCUGCUGUUGUGCAGGGUAUUCGUGCCGUUAUUGGUCCCCGGUCUGGGACGGCGCGGGUCUUGUAUGGGGGUAGUGCGGGGCCUGGUCUUUGGGGGACUGGUGGGCUUGGUCGCGCGGUUGAUGGGAUGUUUUUGGGCAGGUUUGCGCAUCUGAUUGAGGGUGUGCGGGAGGUUGUUCGUGAAGUGGAGGAGACGCUGGCUCUGGUGUGA